AGAAUCUGAAGCAAGUCGCCAUAUGACAGAUUCUUGUUUACACAUCGGACCCCAGUACGACCUCGACUUGGAGCUGUGUUUCUGGAGAAGUCCAGCUGUCAAAGCAUCAUUUUGUGUGUAUUUUGAGUUAAGAUAUAGGAUACUCGUGUCCAGGGGCAAGAGAUGAACUCAGCAGCGGUGCCCACGCCCGUAGAAGAUGUCCAGGGGGAUGGAAGGUGGCUAAGUAUGCACAACAGAUUUGUCUGUCAAGCUCGGGAAAUGGAACCGGAUGUAGUGUUUGUAGGAGAUUCGUUAGUUGCUAAUUUACAGUCAACAGACUUAUGGGAGAAGUGGUUUGCACCAAUGCAUAGCCUUAAUUUUGGAAUUGGUGGAGAUCAGACACAGCAUGUGCUAUGGCGACUUAAAAAUGGAGAAUUAGAAUGUAUUAAACCCAAGGCUGUGGUAGUACUUGUAGGGACCAACAAUCAUUCACAUACUGCAGCUGAAAUUGCAGGGGGAAUCAUGGAAAUAUGUCAUACAGUAAGGGAAAAGCAACCACAGGCAUAUAUCAUUGUUUUGACUUUACUGCCUCGAGGAGAAAAGCCCAACCCACUUCGAGAGAAAAAUAGUGAAAUUAAUGGGUUAAUAAAAGAAGCUGUUCGGAAAAUUGAUUUAUGCCAGGUGGUGAAUAUAAAUCGUGAUUUGGUGCUGGGGGAUGGAACUAUAGACCAUCGGGACAUGUAUGAUUAUUUACACCUCACGUGGCAGGGUUACCGACGUGCCUUUGAGCCAGUCUUUGAACUUCUCACACAGCUUCUGCAUGAGAGCGAUAAACUGCUACUAAAUGAUGAUACAUUAGCAUCCCCAGCCUCGGAUAAUCCUCCUACUGAUAAUCCUGGUACUUGUCCUGAGUAGAAAUUUUGCAGUAUUUAACUAUUUCACAGUUUGCACUGCUCAUCAUCACAUUCACCUUGGGUAUGCCAGGUGAGCCUUUAAAAGUAACACCUGCUUAUGUUGAAAUACCUUCUCAGCUUUUACUCUUGUAGCUGGUACGUCACGAAGAUUUGGAUGAAAUUCAUAGAGAACCAUUCUUCAUGUAGUGCUGCUCAGUUAUCUGGCAUUGUGAUAUAUGGAGAUUGCUUUCACAAGCUUAAAUGUGUUUGCAACACUUCAAGUGCUCGCAGAUUAUUACCAGAAUGUGUUUUACACAAAUAUUUCUUUUCCUUCAGAAUGGUUAUGUGUCAAUUUUAGAAAACGUAACCUUGAGGAGAUGAAGCUUAAAAAUUGUAAGUUGACUUGCAAAAGGCUGAAAAUUAUAAGAGAACUUAUUUUUAUUUUAAUCUCAAUUUAAUUUUAAUUUGUUACAAAUGUUUGAAGCACCAUUUAUGAUGUUUUACUUAUUUGAUUUUGUGAUGCACAUAAAAGUUAUUUUUUAUAAUGCUUAAGGAACCAGAGAAAAUGGCGGUAGAAAUGGCUUGAUUGUUUAAAGGCUGUAUGAGGAAUGAAAAUCACAGAAUAGGUAAAUGAAUAGGUUUUGUAGAAAGCAGUUAUGCUUUUGAGUCAAAGGGUUGUUUUUCUUUUAACAAACGUUGCAACUGUAAAUUUUACAAGGCAGUAACGACUAGUCUAAGAAUAAUUGCCCUUUUUUUUCUUUUUAUUAUUAGUACUGUAUUUUAUUUGCUUAUGGGUUGUUAAUGUGUGUGACUUGGGUUGGUUUGCCACUAAGAAGUGGUAAACUUUUGCAUUCCUAUGAACCAAAGUCUAGAACAGAUAUUCUUAUUAAGCCUGUUCUUGUGAUACUUAUAAGUGAUCUAUUUUCAGUAUUUAUAUAAUUUUUUUUUUUUCAUAUUUUACAUGUGCUUGUCUUUUUCUGUACUUUUAGGAGUGUGCUGUUGUCUGUGCAUGUGCACUUUACUAUAAACAUUUGCAAUAUGAUUUUAAUCUGUGACUAGUUUCCAGUAUUGUACUCAAGUUUAGUGUCACACAUCAAAUUAACUACUAUUGUUCUGAGAAAAAAAAUGCAGUGUGAUUGAUGAGAAGUUCUAGAUGGACCCUAUAUUUUUGGGGUUUUCCUUAUGUUUUAUAACUUAUUGGUGGAGGUUCUUAGGUGAGUUGUAUAUAUACUUUAUAUACUGAAUUUUAUGAGAUGGUUUAUUUGAGUAUUGAUAAGCAUGCUUACAUACUUAGUUUCUUGCCAAACAGUCUGUUAGGAAAUAAGUAAUUUUUUGUUAUAAAGUUACAGCGAUACAAUAGUCACCUUAAAAAAUCUUCCAAAGUCAUAUUUAAGAGAGAUGUUUGGGGACGCCAUUAUUGUUAUUGCUCCAUAUCUUAUAUUUGAUCUCUCCCAUUAGCCUUUAAUACAAAAUUCCAAUGCGUAGUAUCUAGUACUCUACAUAUAUAUUUCUUUGUACAGAAGUAUUUAGUGUAUAGUAUAAAAAAUUUUAAGUGGCAUUGCAGAAUUUAUAUUUCCAUAGAUUAAUUUGCUAUGCAAGUGUUACGUACGUAUUUGCAUGUUAGAUUGUGCUGUGAACUUACAUACCCUGUGUAAUAUUACUUGUACUGUAUACAGUAUUUGGUAUCCCCCAUUUUUUUAUAGCAAUUAUGAUUGCAGCUCUAUGUAUAUAAGAAUACCAUAUUCAGUUGAAAUUUAUAUUCUUUUUAGGUCUAAAUUCUAGAAAGAUAAGGUGGUUAUACUGUACCUUUAAUAUUUUUCAUUUCCUUGAAUUGGGCUAGCUUGUUAGGGAAAUGUUUAAAUAGUUAUUGCAUAAGCUGCUUGAACAAUGCACUGUCUGACUCCUGUGGUAGUGAGAUAGCAGGCAGAACAAAUAUUUGUCUGCCUUAAAAGUGGGUAAACAGCCUAUAGACUGAAAGGUAUUUUUAGAUAAGAGGUUAGGAGGCAUCUUGGAAAUUGUUUGGAUAUCUUUUUACAGUACAGUGUGUCGUGCAGCACUGUGUAUAUACCUCUAAAGAUUCUUUGCAUUACCCCUUCAGCUCCCAGCUUUAUUGCUAGUUGCUUUUUACUUAUUUUCCACAUAGCUUCCCAGUAUCUUUAGCUAUUUUAAUCUAAUUUUGACCCCUUAUUUAAGAACAGUUUGUUUAGUUCAGCUCCUUUAGGUAGAAGAUAUAAGUGUGACUUGGUGGUCUGGUCAAACUACUUUAUAAUGAUUAUUAUGAUCCCCGUAUAAAGUACUUCAUCUUUCAAAAUGAGUUUUCCAUAGCGGUUUCAGUAAAUGAAAUAGAUACCAAGAGGUUCCAGCAACACUAGCAUAGCAUUUCUAUCCUCACAUGAAGAUAUGCAUGUUCAUGAUUUCUGUCUGAAAGAUUGUUUCUGAGUAUUAUGGGUAAGAAGUACUGUAUUUCAAUUUUCCAGGAAUUGUUAUAGUUAUUUUUAUUGAUAUUUUUCCACUUCAGCAUUGUACAUUGAUCUUUCUAAAUGAAUGAAAGAAAACCCAAUAUUUCUUGGGAAUUAAAUUGGAAUGUACUACUCUAAUGUCUGCUAGCAACCUUUAGUUUACAAGGUUUUUAAUAUCAGAUUAUUUUGGGUAUUUAUUUGAUGGCUAGGAGAGAUUACUUUUAAUAGCAAAUUACCUUUGCAUAGCAAAUUAUGAUUAGUGAUGGCCUUCCCUUAUUAUCUGUGUAAGGUGAUGAUAUAUGUGCAUUUUCUCUUUUUUUUUUUUCAAGAUUUACUAAGCCUGUACAGUUUUCUCUUUUUGCACAAUAGACCCUGUUUGUGUUUUACAUCAAAACGAACAAAUCUUUUAAAUAAAAAGCGAAUACUUUUCAGUCUUGCCUCAACUUUUUUCUGCAGAAAAAUAAUUCCAAUGUUUUGUCAGAUAAUUUGAACAUGGUUUUGCAGUUGGUAUUUUGAAAACCCAAUUUUGUAUCAUCUGAGGAGAGUUUUUGAUAAUUAUUAAAAUGAAAAAUAGCAAAUUUGUUAAAAAAUAAGGAGUUUAAUUGAUAAAAUUAACAUAAGUAAUUGGAUAAAAGCUAUUAAUAUCACUGUAGUUUCCUUGGAAAGUAAAGCAUGAUUUAUAUGUUGAAGUAGUCUGCCCAUAAGAAAAUGAAGAAUUGCAAAUAAAUAAGAGUGAUUGAGAAUUUAAACGAAAGUUUUGUGUUAAGUGUGGCUUUUUCCAUUAGCUGUAGUCUUUGACAAGAUGGUUUGUAAGAAAGGUGCAAAAUAUAAAAACAAUAGUAACAAUAAUGGUAGCUUAUUGCAUGAUUUAUUAUUUGAAAUAUGGAAGAUGCCUCUUAUCAUGAAGAGUACGUAUACUAUGUACUUGAAUUUUCAGAAAAUGAUAAUUCCAAGUUAAACUUAUUUGCAAUAUUUAUACAUGUAUAUGUAGAUAUGUAAGGAAUCAGGGCUACUUAUGACGAAACAUACAUUGGACAAUGUUGAAGUACCACAUUUGUUGGAAAACAUUGCAAUCAGUUGUAGGUGGAUUUGGUUUGGGAUUACUUGAUAAUUUGCAUAAUAUCAGUGUUCAUCUAAGUACCCCGUAACUACUAUUCAUUCUCAGGACAGGAAAUUAAAUUCGUAGUCAGAAGUGAUGGUCAGAAACACUUCUUCUUUUUUUCUUUUCUUUUCUUUUCCUUUCUGCUAUUGAACACUGAAAAGAAAUAAUUAUAGAAGGAAGUGAGUGCAGUAAAGCAUUAUAUACCUGGUAUGUUGCAGCUUGGAGUGGACAGAUCAUUCAAUAGGCUCAUCAAUUUGCUUGCUUUUGUGCUACAAUUUUUAAUGUGUUCUUGUAGACAUUGUAUGAUGGUUGUAAGAAAUAUGUCUUUUGAGGUUAGUAGGGUACAUUGUAUGUACUGUACAUGCUUGUACUGAUUUGUAAUGACUUGAUCUUUUACUUUAUGUAAAUUAGAUAAUGCUUUGAAGUUGGCUCCCAGUACAUAUUUUUGUAAACAAAAAUUACGUUGGUGCUAACUUUUAUUUGAAAACCAGUAUCUAUAGAUUUUUUAAAUACAUUUGCCAUGGAAUUGGUAGAUGAAAAUGUAAUGGAAAGUUUUAGGAGGAUUCUCAUGUAUUAGAUAUAAUUUUUGCAAUAUUAAUAUUUUGUAAUUUUUUCUACUUUUUGGAUAACAUGGAACUUCGUAUGAUUAUACCUAAUCACCUGCCAUGUUAAGAUUAAAUUUUUGAGAUUGUGUAGAAAUUUUGUAAAAGCUAAAUAUUUUGGUUAGUGAGUUUUGAUUUGAGAUAAAAUGCCAGAAUAUGUCAGAUUUCCAAUGAUCUUGAAAUAUAUCUCCAAUACGUAUUUCCAUACUGCGUUUUCAUCUUUUAGUUUGUAACUUACAGGGUUUAUUUUUAUGGCUUUAUAAUCAACCCUCAAUGGUUGUCAGAGUGACUAAAUGUGUCUCUUGUUUUUCUUGCUUUCCUAUUUUCAUGUGAACAUACUAAAUUUCUUGCAAUCAGGUUUUAGGCAGCCAGUAUUUGAUUAAGGUUGGACAAGAACGUAAAAGAAUGUGAUGUUUUUGUUUUCACCAGAUCUUCUUAUGAACUUUUCAUGAAAAUGGGGAACUAUUAUCAAAGAAUAGGAUUAAAGUACAGGAAGCUAAUGAGUAUACUAACUGUAUACUUAGUAGAGCUACUCAGUUUUUCCUGUACUCGUGGAUAUUCUGUUAGGAUGAAAAUUUACCUGGGUUUCCUCUCAUGUGCUGCUACUCUGCUCACUUAGUUGUACAUUUUACAUAGUAGCUUUUCCAUUAACUGUAGCAGUUCCUUGAUUUACUAUGUAAAGAAUCUCAAUUUUCUUUUGGGAGCUUUUAUAAUUAUUAUAAAGGAUCAUGGAACCUGCUGUUAAUUUAAUAGUUAUGUAGUUUUAGCACUCUUGGAAUGCAUGUUUUGAUAAAAGACAAAGUUGUGUUUAGUCUGUAUUGUUUUUGUGCCUCUGGUUUUUGUGUAUUAGUUUUGAUAAAUAUGUUGUAAGUAGUAUUUAUUUUUACAUAAAGUUUGGUUCAUAAUACACUUUCGUGCUCUUGCUUAUACGUAUUUUUGUGCUAUAGCAGCAGCAAUGUUACUUUCAUGAAUGGGAUAUCGAACUUUGAUAAAUGAUUGUUACUAAAGAAAUCAGUUUAUUAGAGUUCUCAGGUGUACGUAUAGGUUACAUUUUUUUUAUACUUUCCUACAUAAUUCUUCUGAUUAUAUCUGAUUGUGUCUGAGGUACUUUUAUAUCGGAUGAACUGUAUUUUUUCAUUUAAACAAAUUGCUACUGUAUUUCAAAAUAGAGUAAUAAAACUUGAUCAUGAAGCAAAAGAAUUGUAACUGGUGCAUUGACUCAGUUUUCAUAUUAAAGCUGUAAUGCAGUACAUAUUUUUGUUUGAAUUACUA